UUCACAACACAUGUCACUUAAAGGCAUUUUUACAAAAUAAACAGAUCUAGAUCUAAUGUAUAGAGAAUCAUAUAAUUAUGAUCUCUAGAUCCAACAAGUUAUUUAUUAUCAGUAGUAGUCGUCGUAGUAGUAGUAGUACUUCCAACGAGAGUAAGUAUAGACAUUAAAAUGAAUGUAUAUUAGAGAAAGCGUAAAAGGAACAUUAGAAAAAACCUCAUAAAAUGGCGGACGCGCUCAGUGUCGUAUAGAUACACUCUGGACGCGCUGACGUAACACUUCUACGUCUCUGGGUGUGCAGCGCUCCCAGAUGGCUGAGAGAGGAACAACAGACUGCUGCUGAGAAGAAAGCAGCAAAGGUCGCAGGUGUGCUUGCGACAGUUUUAGCUAAACUAGAAAACAGCCAAUUUGAAGCAUAUCACCUGCCUGGGGUUUCAAUUUGUAUUUUACCGUUUUAAACUCUAGGUUCUGACAAGAGUUUGGAGUAAACCCAGCCUCCAUGUGGCAGUUACAGUGAUUGUAGCAACAUAAAAGGCGGUUUGGUCCACGUCAAGGAGGACAUUAUCACUUCUGUAGCCUUUGGAUGUACCAAAAAGGAAAAGCCUCUUAAGGUGGAUUCGUCAAUAAGUUUGUUUUUAAGCUUCCUUUAUCAGCUCCGGGCAUCAGUCAGUGGCUUCACAACAACAGCCUCCAGGUUACAUGUAGCCGUUGGCGUUUCGAUAGUUUUACACAGGAAAUGAACUUCAUGCUUUUUGCUUUGUACAGUUAGCUAACUUCUCGCUCGGCUGUGAGCCCAGAUGUUUCUAGCGCGACUCGGUGGACGAGUGUGAAUGAAACGCCUCGCUUCUGUUCGGGUGUUGCCUGUCUGGUCCUUGGCUGGCUGACGGCUCUCUGCAGCAACACGCCGCUGCUCCUCCUGCGGUUUCCUGUCUGUCUUGACACCGUUCAGCACUAAAAGACACCGAUUAUUAUUUGGCUUCAAAACAGAUGCACGCGUGUGCUGAACGGUAGCGCGAUGGGAUCUCUGAAGGCUCUCCAGGAGUGGUGUCGGAAACAGUGUGAGGACUACAACGACGUGGAAAUCAGGGACAUGUCCUCGUCCUUUCGGGACGGUUUGGCGUUUUGUGCCAUUAUACACCGCCACAGACCAGAUCUGAUAGACUUUGAUUCACUGUCUAAAGAAAAUAUCUACGAGAACAACCAACUGGCAUUUGAGGUGGCGGAGACGGAGCUGGGAAUUCCAGCCCUGCUGGACGCAGAAGACAUGGUGUCCAUGAAAGUCCCUGACCGGCUGAGCAUCAUCACAUAUGUGUCUCAGUACUACAACUUUUUUAAGUCACAGGCAAACCCCCCUUCUAUGAAGAGGCUUAGUACAGUCAGUCAUAAUGAACCAGCCCAGAAAAGGCCACCGACUCAUUUAGAAGACAAAGGGGUUGAGCCUGAGACGGGCGUAGAGGUGAUCGCGGCGGUGAAGCGCAGCUCGCUGAGUAGCACUUGUGCUGCUUGCCAGAAACACGUUCACCUGGUGCAGAGGUUUCUCAUCGAUGGCAAACUUUACCAUCGGAACUGUUUCAGGUGCACAGAGUGUCGCAGCACCCUGCUUCCUGGAUCCUACAAAGGAAAUGACUCCGGGGCAUUGGUUUGUACACACCAUCUUUCAAGGCACCCUCCAGCCAAUCAGAACGGUCGUCCAGAUCUCAGUAAAAAACCAGAGGAAGUUCAGUCUGCUAGGACCGGUCGCAGCGCAGAUCUUCACCCUGUUCUUUAUGAGAGGGAUGACGCGAAGACCCCUUCUCCAGUAUGCUCAGAAAAUACCGACACACCAGCUAAUGACUCUGUCACAGCCACUGCUGCAAUUACAAGUAAGGAAGAGUCUUUGGAGGAGGAAAAAGAGGAAGAAUCACGUCCUUCCUCUCCUCCUAAUCCAUUUGAUGAGAGUGAUGAAGAGAAAGAUGAGGGGGAAAAAGGGGAAGAAACACAAACUAAUGAAACAUCAAAUGGGGAUCUUCCACCUACCUCUGAUGGUAAUGCUGUUGAAGCCGGUCGACCUGUGCCUGCACCCAGAAGGGUGUCGGAGGCCACCCCUCCACCUCGCCCAGCCCCUCGAGUUCGGCCACCCUGCACCACAAACAGCUCCCCAGCUGGUGAACAUCUGAAGCCUCCAACUCCCCCCAAACCCAGAGAAAGAUCACAGUCUCCUGGAAGUGGCACCCAUAAACAUAAAGACCCACCUUGGCUUGCCCUGGUCCAAUCAGAAACUAAGAGGAAGAAAGCCCCUCCCCCACCCCCUCCUGGAAUGGCAACACCUCCAAACACAGGCUCUCUGUCUUCUCUGCAAGCGGAGGGCUUUGGACCCAGUACGCCCCCUCAGCCCUCCAACCCAUUUGAGGAUGAGGACGAUGAAGUAAACGAAGAAGAGGAAAGUGAGGAAAGAGGGACAGUUCCACCCACAGUGGCGGGCACCCACCCAUGGUACAGCAUCACUCAGACAUCUGAUGCAGCAGGUUCAGACGUCACGCCCACUAAAGGAAGUUCAUCCCGUUCUGCCAGUCCAGGGAGCGCUAAGAGCAAGAAAAGGCCUGCACCUCGUGUUCCGCCCCAGCUGCCUGCUGGUAACCAAGCUCUCUCUCACUCGCAGCCCUCCUCCUGUUCUCCCUCUCCAGCUCUCAGCAUUGAGAGUUUGUCCUCUGCCUCCGACCACAGCUCCUCCCAGCUCCCACUGGGUGCCAGUGCCAGCAGCGAGCAGGAGCAGAGCUUCACCAAGAGCAUCUCUGAGCCUUCCAUCUGCUCACCCAGCGAUAACCCAUCUUCCUCAUCCUCAACAGAUCUCCUAAACUAUACCUCCCAAAGCUCUUGCCCCUCUUCUAUGCCUUCAAAUGCCAGCUCUGCUCCAGCCACUCCACAGACCAGCCGCAACACAGGAGCCAAACCACCACGACCAGCCACCACGACCAGCCCUCUAGCCACACAGUCACACAACAAACGGUUUUGUAAGGAGAAUCCCUUUAACAGGAAAGCCUCUCCUUCCAACACCAAUUCUGAAACCAGCUCUUCAAGAGGUCCUCGUCCUGCCAGACCCCCGGCACCAGGACACGGCUUCCCACUUAUAAAACGCAAGGUGCAGUCGGAUCAGUACAUCCCAGUGGAGGACAUCCAUACAGAGUUGCUUCAGCUGGAGAAGCAGCUGGAUGAGCUGGAGCAGAGAGGAGUGGCGCUGGAGAAGAAGCUGAGAGACACACCUGAUGAUGAGGAUGAGGAGCGCCUCCUCGUGGACUGGUUCACUUUGAUUCAUGAUAAACAUCAUUUAGUGCGACGUGAAGCUGAGCUGGUCUACACUGCGAAGCAGCAGAACCUGGAGGAGAGGCAAGCUGAUGUGGAGUAUGAGCUGAGAUGUCUUCUCAACAAACCAGAGAAAGACUGGACUGAGGAUGACAAGAGUAGGGAGCAGGAGCUGAUGGCUGAGCUAGUUACCAUCAUUGAACAGCGCAACCAAAUAGUGAACAACAUGGAUCAGGAGCGGCAGAGGGAAGAAGAGGAAGACAAACUAAUGGAGGCCAUGCUGAAGAAAAAAGACUUUCAUAAGGAUCCAGACAGCGACCAUCAGAAGAAAAAAGGGACUAAGUUUAAACCCAUCAAGGUGCUGAAGAGGCUGAGCCAUAAAGGAGAUGCAGGAAAGAGCCACAGCCCUCGCAAGGACAAAAGCUGAGGAGCAGAGAACGCAUCAAGGAGAUGUUGGACUAUUUUAACAAGACUGGAAGGGUUUUUACAGAAAGAUUAACUCUGAAACCUAUCAGGUCAAGAAGAGGACCUUCUCUUGCAACCUUGAAUGCGCUCAUAAUCCUUCUAAAACAUCUGCAGUGACUUUUUCCAUCUGCUUAUGUGUGUUUUUAUGUGACAGUAACAAGUAAGUGCUUUAUGAGCUUUGAGCUCUGAAUAAUAAACAUGGUGAAGUAUAGAGGACAUUUUUAUCGUGCUACACUGAUUUGUUUUAUGUCUAAGCUUUACUCUUCUAGUGCUACUCAGUGACCAUGCUUCAUGAAGGCUCAGCAAAGGACCAGGUAUUGAGCUUUCUUCUAGUUUUAACUUUAUACCUGAGGUCCAGGAGUUUAGUUGUGGUUUUAUUCUAAAGAUGCACUAAUCAGAACGGUCAGGCUUUGUCCAAUCUCUGGUUUCUGUCAAGCUAUGACCUGUUAAAACAGUUUUUAGCCAAAUUCAGUUUCACUUGGGGAAAAAAUAUAAGAAGCUAAAAGAACUGCAUUCAAUAAUUAUUUUCCACCUUUCUUGCCGUGAGCGGUCAUUAACAGUUCAGACUGCAUAUGAAACACCAGUUGCAGUAAAAUGGGGUAGUACUAUUUUAAAAAAAGGAUUAUGAAGUUGACAUUAAAACCUAGCUAAAUGUUGACAUUUCCAAAUCCAGCAUAUUUCAUAACAGCUUGAUGUUGAAAUCUACAAAGAAUAGAACAGAGCGUUUUAAUGUAAUAUGUUCAGCCUUCCUGUUAUCAGCUGAAAGUAUCACUCUCAUAUGUUCUCUUGCACCUGAUUGUUUUGGGGAAACAUUCAUUUUUGAAUAGGUUCUUAGACCGUUUGAGCUUCUUCCGACUGAAUUUUCAAACGCUCACUGAUUCUCCAUACUGUAACAGCAUCCACACCUGAGCUGUUGUUACUAUGACCUAGUAGACCAGAAGUAUGGUGCAUUCACUUAUAAGAUCACAUUCUUCAGUUUCAGGUUGGCCAGUCACAGGCCAAAGCCUUUUGCUAAAAAUGGUCAGAUUCCAGUCACUGCCUGAUUUCUCGGUGUACCUCUGUUUCACACAAAUUGGUUUGACUUGCACUCCCUCAAAAUCACCUUAACUGCUUAGAACGAGAGAAGAUGGGCCUUGUAUUUGUUUCAACCUGUCUGGUUGCAACUGGUGGUACUUGAUUUUUAGGAUUAUUAAUUGUUUGCUUUAAAAUUAAGUACUUGCUAUAGGAAAGCUCGGCCAGCAAAGCAUACCUAAGAAUUCCAGCUGCUGUACUGUUUCUGAAAUCCUUUUUUUGUCAUUUGUGUUUGUGCCCCUCGUUGAAACUUACAGUAUUUGAGGAGUGUGUGUUUGAAUAAAGUGAAAGGAAGAAAAUAUGUUUUUAAAUCACCAACCUGUAGAUCUGUUGUAGUUUUUAAAAUUAUGCGUCACACAGGCAAUAAUUAGAAGAAAACAAUGUAUCAAUGAGCAAAAUACUAUUUUAUAGGAGCUGUAGGUUUAAGUAGGCUUGUAUAUGCAAUCAUUAAGUUUCACUUUAAAAACAAAGGCUUUUUAUAUUGCCUUAAAAUUGAUAGGAAAUUGUAUUUAUGAUGUUUGAGUGCCAUUUAUUUAACUGAGCAUGUGGACGAACGUCUGUAGAGUGCAUGUAAAUGUGUGUGUGUAGUUGCUCUGUUCAUGUAUUGCCAUGUAGUUAAUAUUUCGCAACUCUGUGAUGUCUGCUCUGUGCCUGGCUGCUUGUCCAGCUUAAACCAAGGACUUCUGUAGCAUCACAUAUUCCUCAUCUAUACUGUGUUCUGCAACAGCAGCGGCAGCAUCAUAUAAAGUACUGACAGGUGUAGGGAGAAGAAUAAACUGAGUUUAUUUAA